AUAAUUUACUUUACGUGUCAGAAAACUUCAUAUUUCAGUUCAGUUUCGACAUACAAUCUUUGUUCGAACCCAUCAUUAUUUUGCUGUGAAAAUGGACUUCGUCCAAUCCAAACAAAGCAUUCCAUUCUGCCAAACAGAAGUUUGUUCAAUAGAAAUAGUCAAUAUAAGUGUCUUUAAUACUCCUAUCAUGAAGGAUUACUACUGGAAAUCGAUGAACAUUACCGGCCUUAACAAAAAGUUUCUUCAACUAAAUCGUAAUGUCGCAGCUAUUGCCUCCAUUCCGAUUCCUCCGAUGCCAGUGAAUAGCCCACCAAUAAGGGUAACUUUUCAUUUUUUGAAUCCCGAAGCUCAUAGUACGAGUUGGUCAUUAAAGCGCAUACAACUGUGCAAAUGCCAGAUUGUUCAGAUGCCAGUCGGGGUCAACAACUUCCGAAACGUAUACGCUUGCCCUCAUCGGGAACUUCUUACGAUUUUGCCGACAUCGGGUGAAGCUACGCGGAAGGACAUGUUCAGUUUUACGUUGAACAUUGCUUACAGCUGUCCUGGUCAAACUAUGUUGGCAUAUGAAUUCAUUUUCGAUAUCGAUUACAAGAUUCAGCUCAAAUUUUUGUUCGAUGUUUACGAAUUCAAUCCUCGCAAAUGUAUCCUUACGCAAUCAUUGCUUCCCAUGUGCAUUUACAAAAGCGAACAUGCUCUACAGCCCAUUUGGGUGCAUAAUCCUUUCAGUCACGACCUCGAUUUCAAGAUAACAACGGAAGAUCGGAAUGUGAGGAUUGUAGAAGAGAAGGUCCAUAUACCCAGCAAAGCUACUCGGCCAAUAGUGAUUCAAUUCAGUCCAAGUUCUCUAGGAGACUAUGAAAUUGUCUUCAUCUUGGAAUUUAUGGAAAUUAAAACAAAUUUCAGGGUUAAAGGUAGUGCAACGAAUAUGUUCGUGCCAAUUCCGGCGCAACAUUCUCCGAAAGUUGAUCUUGAAUGUCCUGAAUCUCCGUUCACCCUUUACAAGAAUCAUCUGGCAGUCACCAUUGGAACACGUGAAAGAACCAGCAGGAUGGUGGUCCUCCACAAUACUUCAGACAUCUGCAUUCAGUACCUCUGGAAGGAGAACUCCAUGAAAGGAUACUACAGUGCAGAAGUAGUUCCGCCUUGUGGUACUUGCAAACCCAAACAUACCGUUUCGUGUAUAAUUAAAAUCACUGGUGGAUCAACACAAAUCGUCUUCGGAAAUAUUCCCAUUGUCUGUGAAAUUUACACUUUCUCAGGCACCAGGAUUGACCAUGUGGAGGAAUGUUCCUUAGAUUCCUCGAUAGAUGAGAAGCGGGAACCAGAUCCACUUAUAACUCGAUUAUUUGUGAAUUUAAGCUUAAGGGUGAAGGCACUAUGCAGCUUGGAUAUACCAACCCUUCCGAGUUUACCAUCGGCGGAUUUAGCUGCUCUUGCCAAAAAGAAAUUCAAAUCAGGACAUUUCGAUCGUGAUAUUUUCGAUAAAUUGUUUUGGAAUUUCAUUUAUAACGAAGAUUUCCUGAAUGAUAUAGUCCGAAAGAAAUGUGAUCAAACCUACGAGGAUGCAAUUAGAGAUACGGACAUGUCAGAAUCCGUGAUAUGUACAAGUAAACUAAAUAAAUCAAUGUUCGUAGAAGUGAUACAGAAGUUAACAGCGCAAGCAAUUGAGGAGCUGGCGCGUAAUUGGCGAUUUAUUCCUAAGGAACUUGGAGAAGCAGAAUCUCAAUAAUGUUGUUCUUAUACUUUUGGUUUUCUGUUAUGUGAAUUAUUACGGUUAUUCCGAAAACUACAGAGUUACGUAAAAUUAAUUUUUGAAUUUAUA